UCCCUCGCCGACAGCCCCCCAGCCUCCCUCGCCGACAGCCCCCCAGCCUCCCUCGCCGACAGCCCCCAGUGAACCAGCUGCAGGAGAGAACAAGCUCGCGUUCUGAGUUCACCCACCAUCUCCCCCCCCCCCCCACCCCCCCGUCGACGACCCGAGAGGGAGGGGAGCCCCCCCGCCCCCCCAAAACGCUCACACACACCUGGCCCCCCGGAUCAUGAUGUUUCGUGACCAGGUGGGUGUCCUGGCCAGCUGGUUUAAAGGGUGGAAUGAGUGUGAGCAGACUGUGGCUCUGCUGUCCCUGCUGAAGAGGGUGAGCCAGACCCAGGCACGCUUUCUCCAGCUGUGUCUGGAACACAGCCUGGCCGAGUGCACGGAGCUCCACGUGCUGGAGGGGGAAGCCAACAACCCAGUGGUGAUCAGCCAGUGGGCGGGCGAGCCCAAGGAGCGAGUCAUCUCCCUGGUCCUCACCCACCUACCCCUCCUCAAACCUGGCAACACGGAGGCCAAGGGCGAGUACAUGCACCUGCUGCCCCGGAUCCUGGCACACACCAUCGAGCACGGACGCCACCUGGAGGAGUCCCGCCAGCUGCUGUCCUACGCGCUCAUCCACCCCGCCACCUCCCUGGAGGACCGUGCUGCCCUGGCCCUGUGGCUUAACCACCUGGAGGAGAGGGCAGCCGCCCGGGGAGACUCCCUGGAGAGACCCCCCGCCCCUCACGGCCUCCACCACCACCACCAGACGCCUCCCUCCACGCUGUCCUCCUCCUCCUCCUCGGGAUCCUCCUCCACCAACACCUCGUCCUCCGCCCACCUGUACCCCUUGCAGCACCACCAGCGCUACGGCUCCGACGACAGGCUGAACGGCUGGCAGGGUUCGAGGGACUCCGGGCUGGGAGGGGGCUGGUUGUCCCAGGGGCCGCACGGCUGUGAGAACGGCCACCUGGCCCUGUACCCGUCCUCGUCGGUGCCCGCCACCAUCAACACGGUGGGCACAGGCCCGGGGGGGAACACCAUCCUGUCAGCCGGCGCGCAGCACAGUCCCCUGAAGCGUUCCGUGUCCCUGACACCUCCGAUGAGUGGCCCCUCCAGCCAGCCCCUGGGCCACGGCUGGCUGUCCCAGGAGGACCUGCAGGGCCCUCGGGGCCCGGCCCCAGACCACGCGCCCCUGUCCCCCCAGAGCAGCGUAGCGUCCUCGGGCAGCGGCGGCAGCGAGCCCCUAGAGGAGGGCGGAGGAGGAGGCUGCUGCCUCGCCCUCCACCGCAGCACCUUCUACCAGGAGGGGAGCGGCAUGAGGGAUGUGCCAGCCUGGCUGAAGAGUCUCCGUCUCCACAAGUACGCGGCACUCUUCUCCACCAUGACCUACGACGAGAUGAUGUCACUGACUGAGCAACAGCUGGAGUCGCAGAACGUUACCAAAGGGGCGCGGCACAAGAUCAUCAUCAGCAUUCAGAAACUGAGGGAACGCCAGAAUAUGCUGCGCUGUCUGGAGAAGGAUGUAUUGGAGGGGGGGAACCUGCGUGCUCCCCUCCAGGAGCUGCAUCAGAUGAUCCUGACGCCCAUCAAGGCGUGCGUCACCGACGAUCCCUCGCCACAGCGCCCCCUGUUGGGCUCCGAGGGGAAGAGCGCUGCCCCCGGCUCCCACCUGUCCGGAGGAGGAGAGUCAGAGUCUAUCUCCACCCACAUCCCUGAGGGAGACAUCCCUGGACAGUUCACCCGGGUCAUGGGCAAAGUUUGCACACAGCUCUUAGUCUCCCGGCCAGAUGAAGAUAAUAUCAGCUCCUACCUGCAGCUCAUUGAUAAGUGCCUUAUUCAUGAGGCUUUCACAGAGACCCAGAAGAAGAGACUGUUGUCAUGGAAACAACAGGUGCAGAAGCUGUUCCGUUCGUUUCCAAGGAAAACACUACUUGACAUGGCUGGUUACAGACAGCAGAGGAGGUAGGUAGACCUCUCUCACACAC